UCCAUAUAUGUAGGCAAUACAUUAUACAUCAUUUUCAUAUUUUUGUUUUUGUUUUUGUAGUAAUAUAAAUUAUUUAAGUUGAAAUGCUAGAAUUACCGAAAUCAGAAGAAACAAAUAGAAAAGACGAAGACGGGAUAUGCAAAUGCCGCCCAAUAUGUAAAAGUAGAAGACGAGUGUGGAAAGGAAAGAUUCAGAAUACCUCGACUGAACUCCUGCUAGAGAGGAAGCCACUCCAAGAGUGCUUCAGGAGAUGGCCCACGAAAGUGUACGCGAACAGUCCCUGCCCUUUGUUCGCUCGUUCUCGUCGUGUAACUAUCAUGAAACAUGACGAGCCGACUGUAGUUCGCAUCUGUCAAGCUCCAAUAGACGACACAAAUGAUACUCCUUACCUCAAGUUGAAAGAGUUAGCCCAAAAACUAGGUGCCUGGCAUGCUGUUAGAGCUCGAUGCGCGUUCUGCGGUUGCUGUAAAUGCUGUGGCUGUGGCACUCGCUGUUACACACUAGGCGAACAUCACGACGAUGACCGCAGACGCGAAAUGCGAGACUUUGACGCGAGAGUCAAAAAAAAUUAUCAAGAAAUGAGAAUCAUGUAUGACAAAAUUUAAAUUUUGAUCGUCACACAUCCAACGAAAAAAGUUAAGUGUUACAUCUAACCCGUAUAUUAUUUAUAACAUUUACUUUACGUAAAUGAUAUAAUAAUAUACUUUAAUAAUUUUAAAUAGAUAAAAAUUCUAUUGUAAUUUCCUUAGGAGUA